AUGGCUUCCUCAGCAAGUUUAGUGGUUAUUGUACUGUACUGGGUGGGUGUAACUAUUCCGAAAAUGGUUAACGCAACUGUUUUAAAAACGGCCCAUUCUGUUUUGGGCUCGCAAGUAACACUCCAGUAUCAUUCGGCAUCCCAUCCUUCACAAACUUCGCGGUUCGCAUUCCGCGCAGCUCAAAACGGUGCGUUUCAUCGCUUCUUCUUCAACACUUCCCACACUGAUGCAGUGAUAAUAUCACCUUGCACGGCUUCUUCAAAUUGGAUUGGGAGGCUUCCGUUCCGUGUCGGCAGUUUGCAGGUUACUUUUUUUCCUUUUUUCGUUUUUUUUUUUUCGCCUGGCCCAAAACGACGUCGUUUUGGCCAGGACUUUUUAAAAAAAAUAAGGCGCUGCGCGCAACCCAGCAGCUCAGCAACACAGCCAGCGAAAGAAGAAUAUUGUUCACGCAUUUGCUCGAGCAGUUGGUGGGCACCAGAGCAGAGGGGCAACUCCGGCACCUCCAAAGAUUUUUCCGACGAGGGGAGGUGCACUUGCGCCUCCUUGUGCCUCUGUGGGUCCGCCACUGGAUACAGGGCCAUGGAGGGAAAUACUGUGCGCAAUGAAGAUGAGGUUGAAGAAGAAUAUGUAUUGCUCGAUCUUGAUUCUGCUUACUCGCAGUUUGACAUUUUACCAAACGCACCCUAUGUUCUUUCCGGUUUGAACACAGAGCAUCCUGUAUUGACUAUAGGUGACAAAUUGAACUUGAUUGGAGAAUACCACGAAACGGUUGGGACAUGCCUUAUUUUUAAAGAAGAAGUUGCUAGCCCUGUGGUUCAUGAAGAAACGGGACCAUCAGAAGCAAACCUUUUUGCUGGCAAAUGCAUAGUGGAUCCAAACCAACCUCAAAGCAAGCAAGUAAAACCAGUUACGAGCCUGCACCGGAUUAUAAAGUUUAGAUUGGCACCCAAUGUUGACUCUGAUGAUGCAUCUAAACAGACUCCGGAUCAGGUGCAACAUACAGUGCAUUCAAUGGGGAAUGACCAACAUGAGAAUCCAUAGUCAACCCUAAGCUUGCGUCGUAUAAACAAGGAUAACUUGCAUGCUAAGCUAAAAGCUGAAUGUUGUUGUAGAGCCUCUUUCUGAUAAGACUUUUUUAUUUUCCUUUCGAAUUAGUUGGCACCAUGAGCUUUUUGUAAAUUUGAG